GCCAAGAUUGUGUUUCCUUAUCAGUGGGGAACUUGUAGCGGUGCGGGCUUCCUCUGGGUUUCGCUAAAGAAGGGAGUUUUUGUGAAUUUUUCCAUUAGGUUGUGGUGGGGGUCGACUGUGGGGGUCCUUAGGCCGGUGUGUGGGGGGUAUCCUGAUACCUGAGACACGCGAGCCUCCCAGGAGCUGCACGAGUUCACAGGUGAACCUACAGGUGAUGCGUGGUGAUGCCAGUAUGCCAGGGGAGACAGUGCUCAAAGCCAGUCGCUAUGGAAACAUCCGCGUUUGCCCCACAGGAAGCGAUGAAGAGGAAGAUGAGAGGCAAAAGCGCACUCCUCACGUGAGUGCUCAAGCGGGUACGGGUCUGUACCCUCUGCCCACUGAAGCACUUUACUCCGACAGAGAUCGCCCAGCUCAAGAUGACAUGAAGGAAGACUCCAGAGAAUGGAUGUCACUUGCAGAUUUAAGCCAAGAUGAUGCCUCCUUCCUUGAAGGCUGCGUACAGUUGGAGAGGAGGUGGGUGCUCUGGCACGAGUUCAUGAAGGAAUAUUCUUGCUUGGACGACUGGCUACAGCUGGCAGAGAAAUUGGCUGCCUCCCCAAACUCCAGCCAUGUGCUGUACAUCACUGCAAAAGAGGAACUGCAGAAAUUUGAGAGUCUUCGUACCGAGUCCAGACAUCGCUUGAUCCAGCUGGACAGCCUCAGCCAGAAGAGCCACCUCCUGCUUGGUCUGUUCACAGGAGCUAUGAGAACCAGAAUGGCAGAAAUGACCAAAGAAUGCGGUCAGCGCUGGGACCAGCUCAGUACCACUGUAGACUCAGUCUGUCGCCGGUUAAAGCACUUUGUGCUCCAGCGAGAGGACUUUGAGAGACAGAGGGAGGAGAUGGCUGUCUGGCUGGCUGACAUGGACCUGAGACUGACCGAGGUGGAGCACUUUUCAGAGAGAAACACCUGUGCCAAGAUGCGGCAGCUUCAGGGCUUCCAGCAGGCCGUGGCUGAAAGCGCAGGCCGUCUGAACGAGCUGCUGGAGCAGGGAGAAAAGCUGAUCCAGCGGAGUGAGCCGGCUGAUGCUCAGGCCAUCGAGGGACAGCUGCAGGAACUGCUGCUGUACUGCGCUCGCGUCUUCCAGGGUCUGGGACGCCUUCACACACGCCUGCUCAGCAUGAGACUGGUGUUUGAGGAGGACUGGCCUUUGUGUUCGGACUCGGGCUGCCCGUCUGAGUCCAUGCUGGAGGAUGAAGCUGCUGGGGAUCGUGGUCCGACUCCGCCAGCCCUGAACAUCCCUGCCCAGCUCUGCCACGAGCAGCUGGUCCUGGAGUGGGACCCUUCUGUCGACAUUGGGGGCUCCAUCUCCCAUGACGACGCCGACUCUUCCUACUUCAGUGCCAACCCAGGUCUCUGCAGCGCAGCGGAGCUGCUUACCAAAGAUCCUCUGAGGAGGAGAGCUUACCUGAGUCCGUCCGACUCGCAAAAGGCCACAGCAUGUGUCCAGCAGCCGGUCACAGAGAGAAGCUUACAGGGCGUGGCUCCACCCCGGACCCCAGUGCCAGAUACUGGCAGACCGUGGUGUGGCGGGCUUUGGAAAACCUCCACUCCAAACUUGCACUCGGUGGAGCCAGUCACCUUUGACCCGGAGCGCAUCAGUGCCUGGCUGGGCCAGACACACCGGCUUUGCUCUAAAGCUGUCCAAACAGAGCACACUCUGCAGUUCUCCAGUUUUACUUCAUCACCAUCCGCUCAGAAGAGGCAGGAGGAGGAGGAGGAGUCAGGGGACGUUGAGUAUCUGGAGAAUGCACUCCCCAAGAGACCUCCCUGCCCAACACGUACACAAAACAUGUGUUCCACCCAGUCAUGUGACCUUCAGCAUCACUCCAGCAAACUUCUCCACUCAAACCCACAGUGUUUGACGAGGCUGUGCUCCAGUGAUUCAGAGGAGGGCAGCAGCCGGUAUAAGACACACUGCGCUCCUUGUGGUCAAGUCACUUCAGCAGAACGGCACCAAAGGUCUUUCCAUCUGGUGGAUGUGCUAAGGUCCAGAGUCAUGCUCUAUAUUCUCCUGGCCCUGCUACUGGUUGUGGUAAUCUGGCCUCCUGCGGUGCUUAAGGACAACCAGUGCCACCGUUCCAACACCCUGGAGCGCUCUUUCCACUUCGCCCUGCGCUAUGUCAAUGGACCACCUCCAACCUGAGGGCAGCAGGGGGGCUCUGUGCCCCAAAAAGAGGGCUUUGGAGUGUCUCUAAAGCAGAGCACCAGGAUCCAUUUCAGCAUUUUAUUCAUUUCGUGUAUAGCUUGUAACUUGUGGAGAAUUCCACUAGGAGGGCACCGUUGGCUUAUGUCAAUGUUUACAAUGUGUAGGUCCAUGGCACUUAAUUUAACUUGCCUGUGUGUUCUUAUUGGUUGAGAUUGGCAUUUCUUGUGUAGCAUACUUUCAAGUAACCAAUUAAGGAACAUGUACAAAUAAGCAAAUCGAGAUUUAAGUACAGGCCAGUGCUAAAAUGCUCCUGUUUAGGUUUGUACAACUUGUCAAACUAGACUGACGUCUAGAGUCCUUUCACAACAGCACCUUAAGAGAUUUGGGGAAUUAUUGUAAUUUAGAAGUUGUAUAGCAUGUUACACUUGCGUCCACUAAUGUCCAAAAAGUAUUUAUUCGUAUUUUUAAAAGUAAAGUAAAUAAAAUCUAUUCAAAUGUAGCAUAUCACAAGCUGUUUGAGAAGCCUGCUUCCAGACCCAGAAAACUUGUAAGACCUUUUUUACCGAUACUGUAACCAGAGAAACCUCCAACAAAAGCACUACUGACUGCUGGAAAGCAGCACCCACUACACAUGAAGCAGUGUAUGUUUACUAAGCUGUCAGUAAACUCCUCAGCUGUCCAUGGCAGCUUUUCAGCAAUGCCUGACCAGUGCCAGAAUACUUUUUUUUUUUUUUAACAAAAUUUGUCACAUCAGUUUACUGCUGGCGUAAGUUGUAAAAAAAAAAUGUCUAAACUACAGUAUGAGUGCUCUGGCAGUACUUUAUGGCCUUUUAUGGUGUGCAUAUACAGUAGAAUAAUACACAUUCAGCAAAAAGGUUGCCAUAGUAUUGAAUUCCCUGUAUACAGGCCUCAAACACGCCUAAUAUCCUUCCAGCUUUUUAUAUGAGCGUUAUCUAAAGUAUCACUAAACUAAGCAAUGUUUUCUAUGCAUCUAUGCUUGUGCGGCUGUCCGAGACACGUCUACAUCAUGCUCACUGAGGAGAUCGUUUUUGUUUUUGUGGUCAGAUCUGUAAUACAGUAAAGUUUCACAAGGUUCGGAGAGUAUACCUGUGAGAGAUUUGUAAUUAUUAUAAUUGACCAUGAUGAGUCAAUGAUGCGUGUUGUGUGUGUGUGUGUGUUGUCUGCAUGUAUUUGCCUUAAUAUGUCUGGUCAUUGUAUGCCUUUUUGCAAAAAGAGCACACACAAAAGAAGUAGCCUUUAAUAUUAAGGGUCAGUUUUCUGGAAAGGGAUUAAGUUUAUUCAUAGACUAUAUUUUCCUUUUUGGUGGAAAAUCUUCAAGACUGCGCUUAAUCCCUGUCUAAGAAGCUGCCCCAAUAUGUCUGCUCAGUUUAGAAUGCAUUGUUGUUUUUUAUUUUUAGUUUUUUCUUGUGAAUUUGUUUGGUUUGUCUUUUUUUGCCUUUGUAAACCUAAUUCAGUUGUAUUUGUGUGUUUUGAUAAACUCUUAACGUAUAGACAAUGGAAAUUAUGUAUACGGUUUAAAUGUGAACUGGGAAAAAAAAAAAAUCCGAUUUUUGAUUUAAGACUGAGACCUGACUGGACUGGCCUAAAGCCUUGGACAUUUAUGUUGAGUUUAAAUGUGUGUCUGUGGUGUGUUAUAGUUAUAGUACUAACCUUGAACCACAUGACAAGGAAUUAUUUUCUUAGAUAUAAUCAAGUAGUGUGGGGGAAAAAAUACA